ACUACUGUAACGCAGCCGUCAUUAGGGCUACCAACAGUGGAGACCAACUGUGGAUUAAAACAGCUCAUGUAAAUUCAUAAAAGAAUGGAAUCAAACAGAAAAGAAAUCAUUUGAAAAGAACACCAAAGAGAGGAGGGAAAAAUUGUGAGCCUAAAAUAGCAGCAGACACCAUGAGGAGGAAAGGAGAUUGAAAACAAGGAUACUUGAUAAACAGUGAAGUCUUCUAAAGGAAAGAGCGAAGCCGUCUAAACAAGACUGUGUGAAGAUUCACGUGAUAGAAACAGGGUGUCAGGAGUGCUUAAACGAUGAAGCCAGUGGUGCACUUCUAUGUAACAUAUUUGCUCUGCCUGAUCUUCGGAGUCAUCUGUGUGAUAUGUGUGGUACAUUGGAACUCCAAGUGGCGGGGGGGCUUUGCCUGGGAUGGUUCUGCUCUUCAGUUCAACUGCCAUCCAGUAAUGAUGGUGACAGGGCUGGUGGUUCUCUAUGGAAAUGCUGCAGUGUUAUAUCGAAUUCCCUGGACCUGGGCUCAGGAGAAGCAGUCCUGGAAACUACUGCAUGCUGCUUUGUUGUUCUUCGCAAUGAUAAUGUGUAUCCUGGGUCUCUGUGCCGCCUUCAACUUCCACAACACAAACCACAUCCCAAACCUGUACUCACUGCACAGUUGGGUGGGCAUCUCCACUGCAACCCUCUUCAUUUUGCAGUGGCUGCUGGGUCUGGCCAUCUUCAUACUCCCAUGCUCCCCAGCGGCUUGCCGCAAGCUUCUGAAGCCUGUGCACAUCUGGAUGGGCAGCAUGAUUUUUAUCAUGGCCAUCGCAUCCUGCCUCACCGGCAUCAAUGAGAAGCUCAUCUUCAUUUCUCAAGGAAAGACCAACGCAACACAGCGCUAUUCUGCGCUGCCUUCAGAAGCUGUAUUUGCCAAUACGCUGGGAGUGUUGAUCACAGCCUUUGGACUGUUAGUCCUGAAAAUCCUGUUCAGUCAGAGAUGGCAGCGGCCAGAGGACGAUUGCAAUGAAAACACUCCACUACUACCUCCAUAGCGGUCUUGAAGAUAGGACACACAGCGACUGCAUAAUUACACUGAAAGGAAACCAAAAAUAAAGAAGGACCUGUAACCAGUAACAAACAUCUUGUGUAUAUUUGGGACAAGUAACAGAAACCAAUCAAGUAUUUAUUUAUUUUUUAAUCACUGCUCUCCAAUAACAUUCUGUUUACCAUUGUUUAAACAUUGUUUAAUGUUCAGAGAUAUUGAAACAAUGUGCUGUCUGAUAUCAAAUAAUUAUCUCUCAAGGGCUCUGAGGACCAAGAUGCUGUGUCAAUAAGCGGCAAUAAUAAAUCUGCAAGGACAAACCGUGGCAAUAGCCUAAUAAAUCUGUAAGGACAAACUUCACAAGUGACACGUUUUAAUCAGAAAUGAUUUCCCAGUUGAUUUACCAAGCAAUUAACUACAGGCUUAAAAGUUUUAAAAGAUGGUAAAAGACGCUGAUGUCCUCAUAAAUCUUAAAAUGGACCCUGUAAACUACCAGGACAGCAAGGAAGUUUUGUGCUUGCUCCACCAUUGUUGUAUUUCUUGGCCACUCUCUUGGCUUUUUCAUG